CCGGAGGGACAGCGCUCCUGCCCUGCCGCCAGCCGCUGACGGGGAGCGGGGCCGGGACCGAGGCAGGCAGGAAAAGGAAUGAAGAAAAUGAGCAACAUCUAUGAAUCAGCAGCCAAUACCCUGGGAAUUUUUAACAGCCCAUGCCUGACUAAAGUGGAGCUGCGAGUUGCAUGCAAAGGCAUAUCAGAUAGGGAUGCCCUCUCAAAACCAGACCCUUGUGUCAUCCUUAAAAUGCAGUCACAUGGCCAGUGGUUUGAGGUUGACAGGACAGAAGUGAUUCGAACCUGUAUAAAUCCCGUCUUCUCCAAGCUGUUCACAGUGGACUUCUAUUUUGAAGAGGUGCAGCGGUUGAGGUUUGAAGUCCACGACAUUAGCAGCAAUCACAAUGGGUUGAAGGAGGCAGAUUUUCUUGGUGGCAUGGAAUGCACUCUUGGACAAAUUGUUUCUCAGAGGAAACUCUCCAAGUCCCUACUCAAACAUGGAAAUACAGCAGGGAAGUCAUCUAUAACAGUGAUUGCUGAGGAAUUGUCUGGCAAUGAUGACUACGUUGAACUUUCAUUCAGCGCACGGAAAUUGGAUGACAAGGAUUUUUUCAGCAAAUCUGAUCCUUUCCUGGAGAUUUUCCGGAUGAAUGAUGAUGCAACCCAGCAACUUGUUCACAGGACUGAGGUUGUGAUGAAUAACUUAAAUCCAGCCUGGAAGACCUUUAAAGUAUCUGUAAAUUCUCUGUGCAGCGGAGACCAGGAUCGCAGGCUAAAGUGCAUAGUUUGGGACUGGGAUUCCAAUGGAAAGCAUGACUUCAUUGGAGAAUUUAGCUCGACUUUCAAGGAAAUGCGAGGAGCUAUGGAAGGGAGACAGGUACAAUGGGAAUGCAUUAACCCCAAAUACAAAGCAAAGAAGAAGAAUUACAAGAACUCAGGCAUUGUUAUCCUUAACCAGUGCAAGAUCCACAAGAUGCAUUCUUUCUUAGAUUAUAUCAUGGGAGGCUGCCAAAUACAGUUUACAGUAGCUAUAGAUUUCACCGCAUCCAAUGGUGAUCCUAGGAACAGCUGCUCACUGCACUAUAUCCACCCCUAUCAACCCAAUGAGUACUUGAAAGCUUUGGUAGCUGUUGGGGAGAUUUGCCAAGACUAUGACAGUGACAAAAUGUUCCCAGCCUUUGGAUUUGGAGCAAGGAUACCCCCAGAAUACAAAGUUUCUCAUGAUUUUGCAAUCAAUUUCAAUGAAGACAACCCAGAAUGUGCAGGAAUACAAGGUGUUGUGGAGGCUUAUCAGAGCUGCCUUCCAAAGCUGCAGCUGUACGGUCCAACAAACAUUGCUCCCAUCAUCCAGAAGGUGGCAAAAUCAGCAUCGGAGGAGACCAACACCAAGGAAGCCUCACAAUAUUUCAUCUUGCUGAUUCUGACGGAUGGCGUCAUCACAGACAUGGCUGACACCAGAGAGGCUAUUGUCCACGCCUCUCACCUUCCCAUGUCAGUCAUCAUCGUCGGGGUGGGGAACGCCGAUUUUAGUGACAUGCAGAUGCUGGAUGGCGAUGAUGGGAUCCUGAGGUCUCCCAAGGGCGAGCCUGUGCUUCGAGACAUUGUCCAGUUUGUGCCAUUUAGGAACUUCAAACAUGCAUCCCCAGCUGCUCUAGCAAAAAGCGUUUUGGCUGAAGUUCCAAACCAAGUUGUGGACUAUUACAAUGGCAAGGGGAUAAAACCAAAAUGUGUGUCAGAGUACGAGUCUUCCAGGACACUAGCUCCAUGAACCUGCCUGCACUCUUUUACAAAAUUAAAAAAAGAGAAAUGCUACUGUCUACAACUACUGUACUUAAAAAUGAAACAAAAAAUAGCACGUUUUGGUGAUUUUUAACUAAAAUAACCAUUUUUUUUUUGCAUGUGUAGCCCAAAGGCUUAAAUCUGUUAAGCGGUU